GUCAUGAAUCACUGAUUAGAUUUCUGGCUCGGAACGCCUUCGUCAGGGUGCGUCGCGCGUCUAGACCAAAGCAUCUGAGCAAUAGCAGCAAAGCCGAACCUCAUCACCCAUAUUCACAACACAAGAGCGUCAUCGCCCGCUCCAGGCCCACGACAAAGUCUCCGAUAUCCUCGUGAACAUCUAACUCACCGCAUAGGACUGUGUAAACACAGACCCCAUCUCCGUACCACACGCCGUAGUCACAAGCCGGUGCCGUCAGGAUACCUCAGAUGCACACUACCUGCAGAGCCAACGCCGAGCCAACCAAUCCUCACCCCUGUAAACAGGAGUAACGCAAAGAAAAUAUGCUAUCAAGACCACGCACCACCCUCCCUUCCCGUCCCAUUCCGAUUCGAGGCAGCUCCUCCCGCUCCCUCCGCUCCAUACUCUCAGGUCGCCCAACGCCCGAGUCCUACCUAGAGUCCUACAUGCCGACAUCAUGCACAUCCAAUCACCUCCUGCGGAGCUUGUUGCUGUCCAAGCUCGACGGGAUAAAGUAUCCCGCGGCGCAUGCGGCAUCCAUGUCAUCUCUGGAGUCAGAUCACAACACCGACGACGAGUGGAGCGAGGAGGGCGACGAGCGGGAUUGUCUACAGCGCGAUAUCCAUGUGUGGAAGGUCAGCUGUCCCAUCGUGGGCCAUGGGAAGAUGCACAUCGUGAGCCGGCAAUUUGGCAGCGUGCAGCAAGUGUACGGCUGUUGUGGGAAGGGCCCGCUGGUGAGGCGUGUGAGGAGGCUUGCGUGUAGGGUGAACGUGUGUGUAUAUUAUGUGAUUACGAAGGGGGAUGGCAGGAAAGAUAUGAUUGGAGAAGAGGAACUGCAAGGCGAGUGGGAGGACAAAGAGAUGCAGUGUGGCACCAACUGUGAUGAGGAUGAAAAUGGGGAUUGGGAAGUGCUAAAGCAGGAAGAAGAAAGGAGCGAAGAGCAAAGGACGGAAACAUCGUCACCACCUUGUUCAACAAAGGAGACAGGAUUGCUGGAUCCACCUGUGGAUACAACCCCCACAAUCACGACGAUGGCGCAUUCUUAUAGAUACGCUAGGGGAAAGAGGAUAGAUUCUCUGGCAGGAGAAGGAUACUGGCAGGGUGGACUUGGUGAGGCUGCUUGGAAUGACUUCGCCCUUAUGGUAAAAGACGGCGCGCCACUUGCCUCGGGUGUGUCUUUCGCGGUUUCGAGAAUUGAUGUACGAGGAAGUGAUAACUUCCUAUCAGAGUUUGAUAAGAGUCCAUAA